UGACGGGCCCGCAUCGCAGCUGCGUGACGGCACUGCGAUACGUCACUUCCAGGCGCGGCGUCUCGCCGCAUCACACACGCACGAGACUGCGCGCGCGCGCGCGCGCACGCGCACACACUGUCAACGAGUCAACGCAGCGUGUCGGUGAGAGAGCGGUGUCGAAAAUGGCCGUGCGUAUCUUCGCCGCAGACUUUCCGAGAGAUCCUCGCGAGCGAUAGCUCGGCUACGCGAGUGUCGCGAGAACGGGAACCGCGCGAUCGCGCGUGCAAUAAAUGGUGCGUCGUUGUCUCUUCCCCGGGAAAGAACGGCUCCCGUGAAGCCAGACGGGCGAAGUCCAGACGGUUCUCGGCUAGAAAGCGGCUACAUUCCGCUGGAUUUUGUGCAGCGCGAAGGGCGAGGAGGAGGAGGAGAAGAAGGAGGAAAGCGGUGUCGCGUCCAAGACCUCCGGGUCAUCGCGCGAAGCCAGAUCUGCAUGAUAUCUAUAUACUCUGUGUAUAUAAUUAAAGAAGAGCAAUGGAUCGCACUCGUCUUAUCUGUGCUCAAAGCAGUUUGAACACGAUAGCAAUCAAUUAAGAAGUGUGGUUUAGAAUUUACAAAAAUGCGGGAGUGGUGCGGCACGGUCCCCUGGUAUCCAGCAGGGAUCUAAAACUAAUAUUUGUGUUUAAAGAACUCUUGAUACAGUAGAUAUUAAAAAUAAUAUGUGGACUGUAUGAAGCUAAUACAUUGUUUUAAAUGUACUGCUUAUUACAGCACUGAGAAAUAAUAGUUACUGAGCUCUUUUGAGCAUUGAGCAAAAUAACAUUUUACGAAUUUAAUACACAGUUAUUAGUAGCUACAUUUUGUACAGUUGAAGAGUAUUUGGAGAAGAGAGUGUUUAAAUUGUAAUAAUAGUCUGGUUUGAGUGUAUUUGCAAAUAUAUCAAACUCUGUAACUGCCAAAAUGUCAUUCUUAUCGAAUCUGAGGAAAGCAUUCCACUUCGGUGGCAAUGAUGCAAAGAAGAAGAAGCUGUACAACAAUAUUAAAAUGGACUGUAAUCCAGAGGAGUUUUGGGAAAUGGUGGGUGAACUAGGCGAUGGUGCAUUUGGCAAAGUUUAUAAGGCACAGCACAGGCAGUCCAAUCAGCUUGCUGCUGCAAAAAUGUGCGCUUUAGAGGGAGAAGAUGAUCUUAGCGAUUUUAUGAUUGAGAUAGAUAUUUUGUCAGAAUGCAAACAUCCCAAUAUUGUUGAGUUACAUGAAGCCUAUUUUAUUGAAGGAAAAUUAUGGAUGUUAAUCGAGUAUUGCGAUGGCGGUGCUGUGGAUUCUAUAAUGGUCGAGCUGGAAAAAGCACUGACUGAAAUGCAAAUAGCAUAUUGUCAGCAUAUGACUAAAGGUCUUGCUUUCUUACACAAAUCUAAAGUUAUACACAGGGAUUUAAAGGCAGGGAAUGUUUUACUUACUAUGGCAGGAGGUGUUAAAUUAGCUGAUUUUGGAGUAUCUGCAAAGAACAAGUAUACUUUACAGAAGCAUGAUACGUUUAUUGGCACACCUUAUUGGAUGGCACCCGAGGUUGUCUUAUGUGAAACAUUUAGAGAUAAUCCCUACGACUUCAAAGUGGACAUCUGGUCUCUUGGUAUAACUCUGAUAGAGUUUGCACAAAUGGAGCCACCGAACCACGAAAUGUCGCCGAUGCGAGUGCUACUUAAAAUACAGAAAAGCGAUCCGCCGAAACUGGAUCAGCCCGGGAAAUGGAGUAAGGAAUUUAAUGAUUUUAUUGCUAAAGCACUUAUAAAGGACCCGACCACACGACCUACAGCUGACGAUUUGUUAAGACAUCCGUUCAUAAGCCGAAAUUUAGAUCCAAAGCCUAUCAGAGAUUUGUUACUUGAAUAUAAGGCGGACGUUGUCGAAGAAGAGCUCGUAGACGAGGAAGCAGAGGAGCAGCGCACGUCUCAGCUUCCUCUGGAGCUGGAUCAAAUCACAGAUGACUCCGCUCCUACGCGUCUUGAUGCUGAAAUUAAAAUCGCUGAUAAAGAGAAUAUCGCAUUGCCUGCGCCUCUGAAGAAAGAGGAAAGUCAUAAACGUGAGAUCAACCGGGAUGGUGAGAAGGAGGACAAGAAUAAGAGAUUACGUAAGGCUGAAUCCAAAGAGAACAUUCAGCCUCCAUCUACCGAGAAAAAGCAGGCACCUAAGCCGCCAAAUGAAACAAGCGAGCGUAGAUUAUCUCGAGAUAAAGGACCAGCGCCUCCACCACCACCUAUGCGUCAAGAAAGCGAAGAGAAGAAGAAGAAGGACGUCGAAGAAAGAGAGAACAUUUCUAAAGACGUCGAGAAGAACUUAGAAGGAAAACAGAAAUCUGUCGAAGACAAAUCGCAAAUUAAUAAGCUGUCGCAGAAUGAAAAGAUAGAUCAGCAAGUGACAAACGUUAAAGAGCAAAGAAAUUUGGAGACUGAAGAUCGGCAAAAUGAAUUGGAUGAUUUCGGGAAAAUAAAGAAAACUGAACACGAAGAUAAUGUUAAACUGUUCGAUAAUAUUAGAAGAUUUGAAAAUCAUCAAAAAUUAAUAAAUAGCAAAUCGAGUCCUGCUUUGAAAAAGCAAUUGGGAGUAAAUGAGAAACGCAAAUCGGCACCUGUAAAACCAGAAAUGAUUGAAGAUUUGUCGAAAAUAAUAUAUAAGCAAUCAUCAUUAGAAGAUAAGGAUAGGAUGAAAAAUAAAUUACUAUCCGUUGAUGACGUAACGAAUUACGAUCUACAAUCACGAGAUAAAGAGGAGUACAAGAGUUUAGAAGAAAAGCGAAAAUCCGUCGGAGAGAAACUGAACGCUGUAUUGGAAAAGCGCUUGUCUAUGGAUUCUGGAAAGAGAAUAAGCGACGGUAUGGAAAUGUUGAAGCACACAUCGACCAUCGCGUCGGCGCUCCUAAAGGAGAAGAAUAACGUUAAGGCUAAUUCCACUGAGGAUAUUAAGACACAAUUUGGCCUAACAAAGACUGAGAAUGCGACUGUGAAAAGUCGCAGCGCGGGAUCGUCCAGAAACGAUUCUCUGGAGAGCUUCUCGGACGAGUUACACGUUAAAGUGGAUGAUAAUAGGACGGAACACGAUCGAAAGGACGCAGCGAGCGACGAUAAGAGUCUGGACAAACAAGAUUCGGGAAUUAACGUGUCGGUGAUUACGUCGACGCCGCUAAAGAGUAAAAGCAGUUCAAGAAGAAGCAGCGGAGACAACAUAGUCGUUAUUACUGGAAAAACUCAACCCGAGCAAGAAGUACGUUUAAACACUUCGACCGUCCGCAUUACUUCCGACUCGCCGGACAUGUCGAAUAGUCUAGCGAGUAACAUAAGUCAGGUCACCGUCGUGACAACGCAUCCGCCUGUACUGGUGGACGCACCUUCGACGACGACAACGACGACGACGAUGACGACGACGACGCCUCUUCCACGUCGCACCUCACCGACGUCGGAGGUAGUUAUUGUUGCCAACGAAAUGAACAAGACUCAGGUGAAUGACAAUUCCAUUGUCGACGAUGACGCAUUUCCUAGUCUGGAUAGUCUGGAAUAUACGCCGCAGGAACAGCCUAUCGUACUUACCGACGUGUCUAAGAGGAUCGGUAAAAAAUUAGAUGAAUCAGAGGUGAUUAUAGUCAGCCCAAUUGUGGAUGAGUUACAGGAUACCAGUCACGUCUCCGUAGUUACGGUUGGCGACGAUAAGGAACAGGUGAAGGACUCUUCGAUAUCCAAGAAGCACAAUGUUAUUCGUACUGGUUCGUCUCACAGCGAUCUUAGCUCGAACGAGAGAUCGAGCUUGAGGAGUGAUAGCGGAGACGAGGGUGGCAAAGUGAUGGUCGGUGGUACGACUAUGGAGCAUCCGGAUGUGGACGAUUACGAGAGAAAUGGAGCGAAGAAGAUGAACGGACUAAUCAAGAACGAGAUCAUGCCGCAUCAUGCCGAUGAUAGAAUCGUGAAGACAGUUAAGCCGAAGGAGAUGAACGUCAAAAGCUUCGGCAAGGAGAAACGAGUCUCUCCGGACAGCUUCGAGGGUUCCAGAUCCCAGAGCGAUUCUAGUUCCAUUAGAUCGCACACGCCGAGUAAGAGUAUCGAUCGUUCCGACGCCGAAUCCAUCUCGACGACGAUCAGUCAGGACAGCAGGGAGUCGAAUAAAGAGAAUCGUUUGAAUCAAGUUCAGCACACGGAGGUGCUCGACGAGGAAGUCGUUCUACGCCGUAAACCCGAUUACAAUCGCGAGAUAUCUCGACCGACCAGGACGAAGGAGGACAUACAGAUGAUGAAUCUGAAGAAGAAGACGAGAAAGCGUACGAGAAAGUUCGAGAUUGACGGUGUCGUCGUGACAACGACGACUUCGAAGGUGAUUUACGGCGACGACGAGAAUGGCAAGGUGUACGACGAUCAGAUAUUCAGGAAGCAAGAGCUGCGAGAAUUGAAGAUGCUGCAGAAGAUGGAGCAGAAACAAUUCCAGGAUUUGGCGCAGAAGGCUCAGUUCAACAAGGAUCAGCAGGAGAAGCGGUUCGAGCAGGAACGGCAACUCUUGGAGCGUAACGCUGAAGCGGAUCUGGAAACCCUCGCCAGACAACAGAGACAGCAGAUCGAGCGGGCCGAGGCGCAGCAGGAGGUCGAUCUACGGCUAGCGUCUAAGAAAAUUCGUGGCGAGCAAGAGAGGGAGCUUAAACAGUUUCGAGAGGGUCUGAAACAAGAAUUGAGAUUACUGAAGCAAGAGAUAGACUUGAUGCCAAAGGACAAGCGGAAGAAUGCGUUUAAGAUACGGAAGGAGAAGCUCGAAGCGGAACACGAAGAACGAGAAAAGUUCUUUCUGGAGAAGCUCAAUGAGAGCCACGAGAUGUCGCUGAGGCGAUUGUCGGAUAGUCAUCGCGAGAAGAUCGCCUUGAUGGAGCGGCAAUUCUUGCAGCAGAAGCAGCAGUUGAUGCGAGGCAGGGAGGCGGCCAUAUGGGAACAAGAGGAAAGACAGAUACACGAGCGGCAGCAGUUGCUGAAGAAACAGCUCAAGGACAUAUUCUUCCUGCAGAGACAUCAGAUGCUCAUACGGCACGAGAAGGAGCUGGAACAGAUGAAGCGAAUGAAUCAGAGGAAGGAGGAAGAGCUGAUCAAGCGACAAACGGUGGAGCGUAGAAAUCUGCCUAAGCGUAUUCGCAACGAGAUGAAGGCACGCGAGAUGAUGUUCCGCGAAUCGAUGAGGAUCUCGAUGUCGUCCGUCCUCGCUCCGGAUCCCGACGCCGAGCGGGAGAAGCUGAAGAAGUUCCAAGAGAACGAGAAGAAGAGGUAUCGAGCGGAGCAGCAGAGAUUCGAACUGAAGCAUUCCAGGCAGCUCGAGGAGGUGAGGGCUCAGAGCGACGCCACGAUUAAGGAACUGGAGCAGUUGCAGAACGAAAAGCGAAAGAUGCUGAUGGAACACGAGACGCUGAAGUUGAAGGAGCAGGAGGAGGCUUACGGUAGAGAAAUUCGUGAGUGGAAAGCGCAGCUCAAGCCCCGCAAGCAGAAACUUGAAGAGCAGUUCGCCUUACAACUGGAGGAACAGGAGGCGAUUUAUGGUCCUAGUGCGAUACCUUUAUGCUUGCCAGCCGAUCUUCCCGACUUGACGCAUCAUACGACCGAGUCUACGCGUAGUUCGUUGUCUUCCGUAAGCGAAGGCUGAAGCUGAAGGCUUUCGAAAUUUACGAGAGAACGUGUACAAAAGUAUACAUGCGCGCGCGUGAUCUAUAAUAUGUUUAAACGUCAAACUGUGAAACUGAAUAGUUAGUACGUUUCUGCAUAUCGACUAUCAUUAUGAUUUCGUACAUGUAUAUAAUGUCGCGAUAACGCGUUCUGGAACUGAAUAAUUUCUAUCUAGGUGCGGCUUUUGUUUAUAUAUUAUAAUAUAUUAAAUAUAUAUAUAUAUAUAUAUAUAUAUAUAUAUAUAUAUAAAUUGAGUCACUAUGAGAACAAUAGUGGUACUGUUAAAACAUUUGGAAAGUUUUUACACGUUACACAUUUAUAAUUCUUGGAUAUUGAGAAAGUCAGUAAUUGUUCAUCAUGUAACUUGAAUUAAAAAUACUAUAUUUAAUUGCAAAAUUACAGAAAUAAGUGUCGACUUCUCGCAAUGAUACAGAACUUCCGAAAAAUGCAAAAAGAAAUAUUUUGUAAAUUAUCGCUACGAAAGCCAGUUUAUACAAUUUGAUACUAGCAAUAUUUUAUCUAAAAAAAUAUAUAUAUGUAUAGAUUGUUAUAUAAUUUAUAUAUCAUGAUAUAGCGAUAUAUACAUUGGUAUACUUAAAUUUAUCCGCCCAUACCUGAUCUUGGAGUCUUAUCGCAGUGUGAAAGACACUAACACUGGGUAUAUAAAAAGCAUAUUUUUCGUAUGUAUUAUAUAACAUAUAAAAGUUAACUUCGUUAACCGUCAGUUAACAGAUGAUAACUUUAAGAAAGGAGACUAUUGUUGCGCAUGUACGUAUGUUUAUAGAGAAUGUGUAAUAAUUUUACAGUUAUAUGCAAUCCGUAGGUAUGUGGAAUGUAUAUUUUCUAUAUUAAAAAAAGAGAGAGAAUUAUGCCCUUUCAACUCAAUUCGAGUAUGCUGUUAGGGCGUAUCGCGAAACUUCUAAUAUUUGUUACAUGUGAUUAUAUAAUAGCGAUAAGAAAGAGAGAGAAAAAGUGCAGUAUAAGGCCUAAUACAGAUCGCCUGACUUGUUUGAUCACGUUUUUGAGGUAUUAGAUAUACAUAGAAUUGCUGAAUUAUGUACAUGGUAUAAUAAUUCAUGUAAUAAUGUUAAGCUGUAGUCACCAUGUUCGAUUAUAGUUACGUUAUUUAUAAAAAAAAAAGUUUAUAGUAA